UGCUUACCCAUGAAAGCCCGCAGCUCGCUCGAUAGAGGAUUUGUAUAAACAAACCUGUAACUGUGUAACCUGACAUGCAUAUGUACAUGCAUACAAAUUACACGAAGGUCGCGCGCGUGCACGAUUGUUUUCAUUCGUAUUUAUUUAUCAUUUAUGACUACGUUGGACGGCGUUUCCUCAUGCACAACUCGGCUCUGCAAGUCUUCAAACGGUUUUACGAACCAAAGUUAUUAGACGCUGCGACCAAAGUAAAGAUUUGUUGUUCAGAUUCAUUGUUUAUUAGAUAUAAAACACAGAUAGCAAUGAUGAAUAACAAAAAGUUGAGAGAGUCGACAGAGGAUACUUUGCCACAACAAGAAAUGAGCUUGCUAUCCUGGUUGCGUACCGUAGCUCCCAUCUUCCCAGUGAAUGGCUCCAAGAUUACUAUAAUUCACAAGCCACAAACGUUUUACACUACUCUGUUGGAAAAGUGCAAGCGAGCCAAAAAGAGAAUUACAUUUGCCUCGUUAUAUUUGGGUACCGGUCCUUUAGAAACUGAAUUGGUGAACGUUAUAGAGAAAGCAAUGAAUACAAGUGAAGGCAAUCUACAAGUGCGGAUUCUCCUGGACUACAUGAGAGGUUCGCGGGGCAAGCAGAACUCCCGGAAGAUGGUAGAGCCAUUGCUCAAAGGCAAAUAUGGCGAUCGCUGCAAAGUUUUCCUCUAUCACACACCGAAACUACGCGGCGUCAUGAAGGCGACGAUUCCCGACCGUUUUAACGAGCUUAUCGGACUGCAGCACAUGAAGUUGUACAUAAUCGAUGACGAUUUGAUUAUUAGUGGGGCGAACCUCAGCAAUGAUUAUUUUACAAAUCGGCAGGACCGAUAUUUCGUCGUAGAAGAUUGCGCGGAACUUUGUGACUUUUAUAACAAAUUAAUCGAAAGAGUGAUGGAAUUUAGCUUUCUGUUGCAAUCAGAUGGUAAUACGGAUUUGAAUUCUGCUGUGAAUUGCAUUCAUCCUUUAAAAGGAUCCAGAAAAACUUUUAUCCAAGAAGUCGCGUCCAGAAUACAAAUGCUAUUCCGGGAUGAAAUGGAAAAGCGCGCUAGUCUGGAUAAGGAAGAUGCAGAUACAUGGAUAUUUCCAAUGGUGCAGAUGGGUCAGCUCGACGUCUAUCACGAUAGCGCGAUAACGUUGAAGCUCAUACAAACGGCUCCAGUUGGAGCUACGCUUAAAUUAGCGACCGGUUAUUUCAAUUUGACCUUUGAUUACAGUCAAGCUUUGCUCAGAGAUUGUCAAGCAACGUGUCAUCUUUUGACAGCGCAUCCCACUGCCAAUGGUUUUUUCAAUGCUAAGGGAAUUGCUGGAGGAAUUCCGGCAGCUUACACCAAAAUAGAGGAAUCUUUCUAUGAUUUAUGCGAAAAGAUGGAUCAGCACAACAGAAUAACAUUAUGGGAGUUUAUUAAACCGGGAUGGACUUAUCAUGCCAAAGGUCUCUGGUACACUUUGCCAGAUCAGCGGAAACCCUCCUUGACUCUUAUAGGCUCGUCAAAUUUUGGUUAUAGAUCAGUUAAUAGAGAUCUUGAGACACAGAUAGCUGUUGUGACGAAGAAUAACAAGUUACAGGACGCGCUGCAUGAAGAACAGGCGCAGUUAUUCUCAUGUGCUAAGCCUGCCACAAGAAAGACUUUCUUGCAGCAAGAUAGAGUACCGCCAGCCUGGGUGUGCGCGAUUGUACUUUUCUUCCGUUAUUAUUUUUAAAAUUAAAAUGUUUGCCUCUUAUAAGAAGGCAAAUUAAAUAAAAUUUUACACUUAUUUAAUUUUAACUGUAAUAUCGUUGUGCAAUAAGUACAUCUCACAUUAAUAUGCUUCUUAUGUCAAGCUUAAUUAAUUAAUUCAUAUUUUAUGAAUACAAACUUAUUCACGUUCAUUUUUAAUCCUUUCUCUUUAAUCAUAUACACUUAUUGAAUAAUACCAGCGGUAUUAAUUUAGAUUAAAUAGAAUAUAUCUAAGUGUAUAUUUUUUUUAUCUUAUAUACUUUUAUUAUCAGAAAUAUAAAAAAAAUGUGAUGCAAAUUUAAAGGAAGAUUUGUACGAUAUACAAAAAUAAUGCUGUAUGAACAAUUAAAUAUAUUACGA